CCAGUGAAUGCGUUCUCUAUUGGAUGGCUGGAGGCUUGCUGUACUGAUCAGUUGAUACUAGAGAUUAAUUGGCGAGAGGGUCGCAGACGGUUCCACCAGAAUCAUGCAGUGUUGGCAGCAGCCGACAUGAAUGACAAAUAAAGGAGAUAUUCGCGAUAUUCGAGCGAACAACACAAGCGCCAAGCGCAGAGGAUUGUGUAGAAAUAUAUCGGACUUGAAUCAAGCCACGCAUAACGUCGCCUCGGAUCCGAUGGACCUCCCUCGCCGUUGUUAGAAAACACGCAAACGGAUUAUAGAAUCAAACAUUGGUGAAUUUGGUGAAUGUAAUAGAUUGAAGUGUUAAAGCGUUUAUUUUGUCAGGCGAGACCUGAAAAACUUCCACAAUGGCUCUGGUCAUGGAGCCUGUGAGCAAGUGGAGUUCGAGUCAAGUGGUGGACUGGAUGAAAGGGCUGGAUGACUGUCUGCAGCAGUACAUUAAGACGUUUGAGAGGGAGAAGGUGGGGGGAGAUCAGCUGCUUCGUAUCACCCACCAGGAGCUGGAGGACCUGGGAGUGUCCCGUAUCGGACACCAGGAGCUCAUCCUGGAGGCUGUGGAUCUACUCUGUGCUCUGAACUACGGUUUGGAGACAGAGAAUCUGAAGACUCUAUCCCACAAGCUGAAUGCCUCAGCCAAGAACCUGCAGAACUUCAUCACAGGGCGGCGUCGCAGUGGUCACUAUGACGGCCGUGCCGCCCGCAAGCUGCCCAAUGACUUCCUCACCUCUGUGGUGGACCUCAUUGCUGCAGCCAAGAGCCUGCUGGCAUGGCUGGAUAGGUCUCCGUUCGCAGCAGUGGCAGACUACUCCAUGACAAGAAACAAUGUGAUUCAGCUGUGUCUAGAGCUCACCACGAUUGUACAGCAGGACUGUUCUGUGUAUGAGACAGAAAAUAAGAUUCUGCAUGUGUGUAAGACUCUAUCUGGAGUGUGUGAUCACAUCAUCUCUCUGUCCUCUGACCCGAUGGUGUCUCAGUCAGCCCAUUUGGAGGUAGUUCAGCUGGCCAACAUCAAGUCUACUGAGGGACUGGGCAUGUACAUCAAAUCGACAUAUGACGGCCUGCAUGUCAUCACUGGAACUACAGAGGGAUCURUGGCUGACCGCUGUAAGAAAAUCCACGCAGGCGAUGAAGUCAUCCAGGUCAAUCAUCAGACAGUGGUGGGCUGGCAGUUAAAGAACUUGGUGAAUUCUUUGCGCGGGGAUCCCGGGGGUGUUAUGCUGACUCUGAAGAAGCGCCCACAGAGCACACUCACAUCCACCCCAGCACUACUGAAGAACAUGAGAUGGAAACCCUUAGCCCUGCAACCCAUCAUCCCUCAGAGCCCCAGCAGCAGUGUGGCCACGCCCACCAGUACCCUGAGCACCCCGUCCAGGAGAGACAGCUGUGCCCUGCAGGACCUCUUCAUCCCCCCGCCCCCUGAUGAACCAUACACCCCCAGAGAUGACAAGGGYAAUCUACCAGGUGACGACGACCUCCAAGCUGAAGUCCCGGUAGCKAAGGGCUCUGAGUCCCCCAACUCCUUCCUGGACCAGGAGUGUCGCCGACGUUUUCCUCUGGUGGAGGAGGAUGCCGUUCUCUACUGCUACGAGUACGACCAGAACCAUGGACCUCCACUUGCACGCAGGGACAGCACUCCCACUUAUGGCAGGCUUAGACCCAUCUCCAUGCCAGUGGAAUAUAACUGGGUGGGAGACUAUGAAGACUCGUCCAAGCUGAAAAGAGAGAGCAGGAGAGAAAACUCCCUGCUGCGAUAUGUGAGUCAGAGUGAGGACAAGGCCAUGCCAGAGGAGUACCUGACAGGACGCAGCAGGAAGAAGAGUGACAAAAGCAGCCCUGCCCACUACGCCCUCCACCCAGCCCUCCAGAUGGAGGUUUCCAUGUCCAUGUCCAGCUCUGACUCUGCCUCCCUCUACCAUAUGUUUGAACGAUCCUCGCUGCUCUCAAGGUCUAGGAAGAAAAGUAAAGUAGGUGGCUCUCUGUCCUCCAUCAGUAAGAGGCGUAUCUCCUGUAAGGACCUGGGGCGUGGGGACUGUGAGGGCUGGCUGUGGAAGAAGAAGGAUGCUAAAAGUUAUUUCUCCCAGAAGUGGAAAAAGUACUGGUUCAUCCUGAAAGAUACCUGCCUGUACUGGUACAUGAAUGAGGAGGAUGAAAAGGCAGAGGGCUUUGUAAGUCUCCCUGAAUUCAAGAUUGAUCGUGCAUCUGAGUGCCGUAGGAAGUAUGCUUUCAAGGCCUGCCAUCCAAAGAUCAAGAGUUUCUACUUUGCAGCAGACAAUGUGGAUGACAUGAAUAGGUGGCUGAGUCGUUUGACCAUGGCAGUGGCAGGUUACUCGGAGCAGGAGAGGAUCCGACAGGACCAGGACUACUGGAGUGAAAGUGACCAUGAGGACAUGGAGAUGCCAUCAACCAUACCGAAACAGGACAGCCCUCCACCCCCCUACGACAGCUACCCCAGGCCCCCCUCGGUGUCCCAGAUGAGUCCAUACCUGGAGCCCAAACACGGCCGCCUCUCCUCUGAAACCUUCCAGUCACACUCCUCUCAUGAGGAGUUCCACCCCGAGCCACAGGAGGGCAGCGGGAGCGGCUCCCCUGGUCAGAAGUCUUCCAGCCAACGGCGUUCGUGGCAGGACUUGAUUGAGACUCCCCUGGGCAGCACGGGGCUCCACUACCUGCAGACCCUGCCCCUGGAGGAGGCCCUGCUGCGUUCCCCUGGAGGAGGUGGCCUUUCUGUGGAGUACCGCCGCCAGUCAACCCUCCCUGCUCAGCGCAGCCUGCUGCAGGAGCACUAUGGCCCACUGCCCCUGCAACUCAGCCCCAGUGUCCCUGUAGAGGCUGGGGGGAAACCCCGUAGCUUCACCCUUCCCCGAGACAGUGGGCUCCAUGCCAUUCUCUCAGCCUCGGCCAGCGACUCUGACCACAGGGACCACCACCGCUACCAGCUGGCCAGAGACACAGGCUGUGAGCGAGAGGGACGUCCUCAGGCUGACUCUUUGGGGGACCUGUACCGGGCCRUGGAGAGGGCCAACCUGUCCUCCAUAGGCGAUCACCGGCCCUCCUCCCGUCUGGAGUACAAACGCUCCUUCGUCCGCCGCGUCAAUGACCCACUGCUCAGUGAAAAGCUGCACCGUCUCCGCAUCCUACAGAGUGCUCUGAAGAAUGUCCCUCUUCAGGACUCUGAACCAUCGUUGGGUUUUUUAGGAUAGCCUAUGUGGAACAGACCAUGGACACAGCAGCGCCAUUACAGUCACCCCAUACAUACUGCCAAGGGACGUGKCCUUACUGCCCUACCCCAGACAUCCCCUCAUCCCUGGAAGACAACCAUAACAACCAGUGUUACACCCCUCCUCUCUUUCUCUCUCUCUUUCUCUCUCUCUCACACACUCACUCAAUCUCACUCUCUCUGCAUGCCCACAUCUGCUUCUAAUGACCUUACCUCAUGCAAAAUAGUUUGUUCAGUGAGCAAAAUAACCAUAACAUAUUAAAUAGAUGGGAUGACUAAUUAUCCAAGUUUGCAUCAUAAAAUGCGUGCAAUGCAUGUUCACACUAUUUACUUAAACUCUGGUUCAAUAAUAGUCUUCUUCUCAUUGACAUUGUUAAUCCUUUGACGCGUACAAUCACAUAUUUUUGUGAUCAUUGUUGAGUGGUCCCUGCAGCGUGCAAUCUCAAAUACGUGAUUGGAACACUAGUAACGUAUGAUGCAACAAACGCGUCUAAACACAAUUGUUGUCUGAACAGCAUCUAAAUAUUUMUGUUGUACUAAUAGAAAAUAAAGGUCUUAAACUUUAUUCCUCAAUUUUAUAUUUGAUUGUAAAAGAUAAAUGCAAACUUCAUCACACGGAACACAUCCACGGAACACAGAACACAURCACAGCCAAACUCAUUCCAUAAACCAGUCUAAAUAACAGCUUGCGCUGACAAAAAAUAAAACUGAAGUUWGCGACCUAACAGCUAGACUAGUUMACAAUGUACCARAUCUCUGGUGAACACGAGACUAACGUAAUGUUGUUUAGAAAAGAAAUGCAUGUCAGCUAUGCUAACAGCAGCUCAACUCUUUAUGAUGGCAGCCAUAUUGGUUUACGUUUGACAAGCGAAAACUCUCUAAUCCCAGAAUGCUAUUCACUAUAAAACGCAAAUAAACAAAAUCAAAGAUUGCUGCGCUUAUUGCCUGAAAAAUC